AUGGCUCUGAAUGAACGUCUGAACAAAUUUAAACAGCAGCAAGAGAGGUGCCAGAAUAUUCUAUCUAGCAUUUUUGCAAGCCAAGCUUCUAUUUCAACGCCAAAACUUGUUCCAGGGAUUCAACCAGUCAAUGCCCCAUUGGCUCCUGUAAAACCACUGCAUCCUAUUAAAUUCUCAAAUGAUAUGGAAAGGCUACAGCACAUCAAUUCAGUAAGGAAGUCUGCUGUGGGAGUACAGAUCAAGUUAGUGAUUGAACUGCUUUAUAAGACAAGGCAAUCAUUUACAGCAAAGCAAGUAAACGAAGCUACCUAUGUUGAUAUUCAUGGCAACAAGGCUGUAUUUGACAGCUUAAGGAAUAAUCCCAAAGUUUUAUUUGAUGGGACUCGUUUCUCUUACAAGCCAAAGCAUGUUUUGACAGGAAGAGAUGAAUUGCUUGGUUUGAUCAAGAAGCAUGAGUUUGGCCUUCCUGUUGAGGACAUCAAAGAUGCUUAUCCAUCCGUAUUGGAAGAUUUGCAGGCUCUGAAAGCAUCAGGUGAUGUCUGGUGGCUAUCAAGCGCCAACUCCCAGGGAGACAUGGCGUACUUUAAUGACCCUAAAUAUAAGAUCACGGUCGACAAUGACCUGAAGGAGCUAUUCCAGAAGACAUAG